AUUAAAAAUGUAGAAUAAGAUAUAAGAUUUCGAUUAGGAUAUACAUUUUGAUUUAAGAUUUAAGAUUAAAAUGUUUUAUGGUGAAGUGUUACAAGUGAAGCAAGUUUUUUAGGAGUCGUGUUAGUCAUGUAAAUCAUGUAGGCAUAUAGAACCGGGAGGAGAACUGAUUGGUUAUUUUUGGAAACAGGCACAGAAGUUACUUCCUCAAGGGUGGGUCUAACACAGCUCUUAUUACAACAUAAUUUAUCACAACUUCUUCUGUAUCUUCUCAAAGUGGUUUAACGAGGAAUAACUGAACCAAUGAAGUAGGCCAUAAUGAGUUUCCAUAGCGAACUAUCUAAAGACCUGAAGGAUGAGCUGGAGUCGCUGAGGUGGUACCACCAUGAGCUUUCCCGCCACGCUGCCGAGGCCCUGCUCCUGUCCAAUGGGAGUGACGGAAGUUUUCUCCUCCGAAACAGUAAUGAAGGCCCGAGCUGCUUCGCCUUGUCUGUCAGGGCGAAGGAUUCAGUGAAGCAUUUCCAUGUCAAGCGCGUGGACCAGGCCUAUGUGUUUGGUUUCAACCAGUUCCCAUCGCUCCAAGAAUUUGUCAACCAUUUCGCCAACCAACCGUUAGUAGGAAGUGACACGGGGACCCUCAUUGCGCUCAAAGCCCCGUACCCCUGGCGUGUGGAGGAGCCGUCCAUCUACGAGUCUGUGAGAGUUCACACCGCCAUCCAGACGGGUCGGACAGAGAGUGACCUCGUGGCAGACGCACCGUCGUUGGGCACCAAGGAAGGCUAUUUAGUGAAGCAAGGGGCAGUUGUUAAGAAUUGGAAACAAAGAUGGUUUACACUCCAAAGGCAUGAACUCAAAUACUUCAAAGACAAAAUGUUUGAGGAGCCUAUUCGUAUACUGGACCUCAGAUAUUGUUCUGCUAUUCAGUUUGAUUACUCUCAGGACAGAGUCAACUGUUUCUGCCUGGUGUUUCCAGAUAGGACAUUUUAUCUGUGUGCCAAGACAGGUGUGGAAGCAGACGAGUGGAUCAAGUUUCUGAGGUGGAAACUGGCCCAGAAUAGAAAAGGAAAAUGACAGCGUGUUGACAGGUGGGCCCAGGUGUGGAUCUUCAUGUCAGUCACUGAGUUGUAGAGAUUGUAUUAAUACCUUUAUCUUUGAUUAUUGUUAUGUGUGUUUCCAUCCAUGUACAACAACCAACUUCAACACAUUAAUGCUAAGACACCGACUCUGAAGUGGAAGAAAAUUAUAUCAUUAUUUAAACAUAAAAAAUGUAAGGGAUUAAAUGUGGUAUGUGGGGAACUUUAAAUUAAUAAACAAUCAGCAAUAUGACAGAGGAAAGAUUUAUUUAAAGAGGAGUGGGGAACAUGUUAAGAGAAAGUGUGGGGAGGACAAUGGUUCCAAGCCCAGGACCAGAAGCUCUGAGCCGUCUCCACUACUUGUCGAAGUUCUUCGAGGAAUGGGAUCAGCUCCUUCUCCAGACUGAUGAUCAGACCUGGAACGGCAGAGGGCCGGAAAAAUAGUUUGGAGUUUGGAUUUGAGCAAUUCAAUAAGUUCUUUGAAGUGGUUUUCUGCUGAAAGUAGUGUGCAGGCAAAAAACCCUUCGGGCGAAACUGCCCUAUAAUAUGAAAAAGAAAAGGUUCUUAUUUGAUAUACAAUCUACAGAAAUAAAGAAGUGAAACUGAUUAAAUUUGUACCCGUGUUGGCACUGCUAAUGGCGAUGAAGCUUAUUACUAGUGGUAGCCAAUUUAACUGCACAAUCUGUUGCAGAAGGAGACAAAAAACAAUCCUCCAGUAAAGGGACAUGCCACUCAAAACAAUAACUGGGGUUCAAAAAGCUAAUAGUUUAAUUGUUAAUCAUUUUUUCCCAAAAAUUACUAAUGUCAUCAUAUACAAACAAAUUGUAGAUUAGAAGCACACAAGCAUAAUCCUAGUUUUUUAACAUCACGUUUCCAUUUACAAAGGCAUAAUACCCAUAAGGUAGGGCUGGGCGAUAUGGACCAAAAGUCAUAUCUUGAUAUCU